AUGGUCGUGAGAUCCCCGCCAGGAUGCUGCGGCGGCGUCUUCUACAUCCUGCAAGGAACCAAAGUGCUCCCGAGGGACCGCGUGAUAACUUCCCCGAAUUACCCGCAGCCUUACUUGAACAACAUCAGGUGUCCGUACGUGUUCAGGUGUGUAUCGGACAAACCAGGCGACGGCCCUUGUCCCAUCAAGGUAGACUUCAUGGACUUCGACCUCGAGCAGCUAAACAUGCUGUCCUUCACGAAUUUCCGGGACGAAGAGAACGCGAUCAUCGGCUGCGAUUCCUGCGUCGGGAAAGGGGCCAAGAAGUGCGGCAACAGCGACAGCGUGAUUGUCUCAAGAUGCGGUAAAAUCUACGGUUCCGAGACCCAGACAUAUUGUCCCAAACGAGUACCGAAAAGAAGCAUCACUGGAAAUAAGGAGAUAAUUUUGUACUUCAAAACCAACGAAGCCAUCGCAGACCAGGGCUUUUCGGUGAUAGCCAGCGCCACCGAUGAAAAAUAUGGUAUUUAUACUCCAGAAGAAUUGGAAAGCUCCUGCCAGUGCGGCCUUGGCAUCGCUUCUUUGAUCAGGAAGGAUAUAAGGAAAACUAAUGCUAAGAAGAAGGAAAAGAAAAAGAAAAAGAAGAGUGAGAAGGAUUCCCAAACUAAUACCUUUAGGCGAAAGAGGGAAUUGAGGAAGAAUGGUAGAGAGGCAGAGGAUGGGGGAAAGGUGGAAGGGAAGAUAGAACGAGGUAAUCCGGAUGGUACAAAAAGAAGGAAAAUGGAAAAGGAAGAGGAUAAAGAUGGGGAAAAGGGGAAAGGGAAGAUAGAACGAGGUAAUCCGGAUGGUAAAAGGAGAAGGAAAAUGAAAAAGGGAGAGGAGGAUAAAGAUCGUAGGAGAGGAGAGGGGAAAAAGGACGAGCAAAGGAAAAGAGAGAGAAAAGGUGAUAUUCAGCGACAAAAUAAAAAUAAAAAACAGGGCGCUGACCAGAGAAAUACGAAAACGGUGAAAAAGAACAAACAGAAUAAAAAGACCGAAGGGAAUAAGAAGAAAAGAAGGAAAUCACAGAAGGAAGAUAGAGAAAGAGAGAGAAACAACAUGAAAAGGAAAAGAAAGAAAAUUAAUUCACGAGAGGGGGGGAUGGCAGACCGGAUAGAGGGACGGAAAGAGGCCGAUACGAACAAAGGAGAUAACCAAUUCUUGAAGAAAACGAAGAACAGAAAACAAUAUCCUCAUGAGGUCCUCAUCGGCUUUAUAAGACUGAGAAAGAAGAAGAGGAGACCGAAUCUGGAGAAGAGAAGCGUGGAUGAGGCCGACGAGCUCACACAGGGGAAUGGCGGCGAGCUACACAGGGCGAAGAGAGCCACCAUUUCCGGAAAGUUUAUCCAACCAAACAGGAUAUGUGUCGGUACUCUGGUCAGCGAACGGUUUGUUCUUACGACCACGUCCUGUUGCCGGUACUGUGUCACAAUCUGGCUCAGAAAAUACCGAAAGAAACAACAAACAACUCAGUCCCACUUAUACACCAGAAGAAAGAGGGACACGUCAGACGAAGGUGAUAAAAGAGGGGUGAAGGGGAACGGAAGAGAAAAGGAGGGUGGGAAGAAAACUAGGCGAAAUGGAGAUGUACAGAAGGAAAAUAAUAGAAAAAGGGGAAAGGGAAAGAGCCGCAUAGGACAAAAUGGUGUUCAGAAGAGACAGAAGGAAACCGAUGACAAUGAUAAGAACAAGAAGAAGAAGAAGAAGGAGAAGAAGCAGGAGAGGAAGAAGGAAAGGAGGGAGAGGAAAAGAGAGAAGAAACAGCUAAAGAAAAAGAAGAAGAAGGAGCAGAAAAAGAAAAAGAAGAAGGAAGAAAGGAAAAAGAAGAAACAGGCCGAUAAACAGAAAGAAAAGAAGAAGAAGAAGAUUUCCACAAAGGGAUUCAACAAGCCUCGCCCCGUUGACAUCGUGAUGGCAAUCGGCAAGUCAAAGAUCAACAUUGACGAGCUGACGCGAAAAGAUGUCCUGAGUCCCAAGAAAAUCUUCAUCGAUGAAAACUGUUACGCAAAGAUGAAGAUAAAGGAAAUAGACGGCGUUCAGACCUACAAGAUGGAAUGCCCCGUGUUAUUGCAGCUGAGGAAGCCAAUCCAGGUGUCGAAGGAAGUAGCACCCAUGUGUCUUCCUAUGUUUCAACCGAAUAAGUUCCGAGGCAGCAAGGCAUACUCAUUAACAAGAGGGUACCACAGCAUGCAGAAGGAAGACAAGCAGUUUUCACAAUACCCCUACGCCUUUAUCGGAGGGAAAGUGAAAAACACGAAGAAAUGCCAGCAGGUGUUGAAGAAGCACUUGGACGAAUCCCUCGUGUGCUCCAUCGGGAAGAAGAAGCAAGGGAGCAUGUGCACGGGUUCUGAAGGCGCUCCACUAAUACAAUACCAAUUUUCGGGAGGAGGCUACAAGAAACACAACACCCUUGUGGCGAUUCUGCAAACACCAGGCUGCGUAAAUACAAAGAAGAAGAAGAAGAACAAGAACAAGGGAAAAAAGAAGGAGAACGAUGAUACAGAACAGGCGUCACGAAAUGAUAAUAGAGGACAGGGCCGGAAUAAUAAGAAAGGAAGAAAGAGGAAGGAAGGCGAAGCAGGACAGACGCCACGAAAUAGUAACAGGGGACAACAAGGCCGGAAUAAUAAGAAAGGAAGAAAGAGGAAAGAAGGCGAAGCAGGACAGACGCCACGAAAUGGUAUUAGGGGACAACGAGGCCAGAAAGAAAGGAAAGAAGGCGAAGCAGGACAAACGCCACGAAAUGAUGACAGGGGACAACGAGGCCGGAAUAAUAAGAAAGGAAGAAAGAGGAAAGAAGGCGAAGCAGGACAAACGCCACGAAAUAGUAACAGGGGACAACAAGGCCGGAAUAAUAAGAGAGGAAGGAAGAGGAAGGAAGGCGAAGCAGGACAGACGCCACGAGGCAAUGGCGGAAAUGGCCUGAGACGGCAGACGGAAACUCAAAGGAAAUUGGGAGAACAGAAGCAGACGUCUGACCGUGGGAACCGCCGUCGAGACCAAAAUGAGAGUGUAAAACUGUCAAAAGAAAGAACUAAAAGACAAGCAGGCGAAAAGGAAGAACAGAGAAGGAAGGGCAAUGUGAACAAGACGGAUAAGAAACCGAAGAACAAGGACGAAGACGAGAAAGAGAACGAUAAACAAAAGAACACAGGCGGAAGUAAAAAUAUGAACAGGAAGGGGAAUGAAGAAAAUAAGAAAAGGAAGAGAAAUAAGAAACCGAAGAACACGAAUGAAGAAAAUAAGGGAAGGAAGAGGAAUGACAAACUAAUCAACACGAAUAAAGACGAGAAUAAGAAAAGGAAGAAUAGCAGUAUGCAGAAAGAUAGAGAAAAUAAAAACACAAGAGGAAAUAAAAAUAUAAACAAGCAGAAUAAUAGGAAACCGAACCAGGGAGAGAGAGAGAAAAUGAAGAAAAGGAAGAAAAAAUCCAGUAUACAGACAAAAAGAACAAAUAAGAAUAUAAGUGAGAGGACAAAUGGAAAUAGAGGCACGAAACCCGCAAAAAAUAAAAAAGAGCCCAAACAACAGAAUGAUGAGGACAAGAAGAAGAAGAAGAAGAAAAAGAAGAAGAAGAAGAAGAAGGGCAAAAAUAAGAACAUCGUCGCCAGGUACAGCAAGAACCAGCCAACCGUCUACACCAAGAACAGACGCAACCGUAAUAAUGUCGAUGUUUGGAUAAAGGUUUCCUCCUUCCUCACUUGGAUGUUGACGGUCGUGACGGCAAACAGCCCCAACCCUGUGUGUUAUCGCGCCCCGCAGUUAACAUCAGCCCCGAACAUAACUAAUGUUCUCCCCUCGUGCAGUUAGUCGGGAAUCUGGGAAUCUAAGACUAGGAAUCACUGAAACGAGACAUCCAUUCUUUUGUGAACUAUUUGCGCAAGUUAGGGAACGCUUAUUACAUUUUUUUUUUUUUUUUUUUGUUCCCACUGGCACUGUACUUUCCAAAAAGUAAAGUAUUUCUGACAUUUUAUUUGCAUUGGGAAACUUGUUGAAUUUUGUCAUAUUACGUUAGAGAGGAUCAGGUACACUUAUACACUGCAUGAUGCACUGUAAAAAAAAAAAAAAUUAAAAAAGCAUUUGGAUGCUUCUUGAGUUUAAUGGCCAUAUUCAAAGGUAU